CUCAGUGGUGGAAAUGUUGGACACGGGGAGGGUCGACUUUCAGAUGACAUUGACGCUAUGUAGAUGAGAGCGGGGAUUUGUGCUCCGUGGAACAUCCCUGGCCGAAGUUAGACGGUGCUUCGAGGUGAAGCUGCUCCCUUUUCGCUGCGUUGUUUCCCCGCUCUCCUUCAGCACCACCGAGCUAACGGACAGCACCACUCACCUUUCCCCUCCGGAUCCUAGUUUGGUUCUGCUUCUCUUUAUCUUCAAAUGGAAAAUCUUUUCUUCGGUCUGCUCCGGGAGAAUCUGUAAGGACACAACUUUUAGAUGAACGUACGGAUAUUAUACCAUCGCCCAAAAUUCUGUCUGGUAUAGAAGUUUGAUUGUGCGGUUUCCCAACUGGCUCGGUGUUCCCGCUUCUUCUCCUGAUUUCCUGCCCAUCUAACCGUCCCUUGGCUGGGUAACGAACCGGGAAGCUGCUGUCUACGUGGACCGGUGGGGUUCAAAUCUUCCGUCCGCCUUCCAGUCUUGUCAGGAAAUCUAAAUCUAAACAGAGAGACAGAGACAUGGCGACGAAUGGUACUAAAGGCGCUGAUGGAUACGUUCUAACGGAGGUGAAUGCCGAGCCUAACGACAAACCCAAAACUUUGGUCGUCAAAGUCCAGAAAAAGGAACUUCCCGAAAGAGAAAACUGGACUGGAAAAUUUGACUUUCUCCUGUCUUGCGUCGGGUACGCAAUUGGACUGGGAAAUGUCUGGAGAUUCCCUUAUCUAUGUGGGAAGAAUGGAGGAGGGGCCUUCUUGAUUCCCUACUUUUUGACGCUCAUAUUUGCUGGUAUGCCCCUGUUUCUGCUUGAAACGUCCCUCGGUCAGUACACAUCGAUUGGAGGGCUUGGGGUGUGGAAACUGGCUCCCAUGUUUAAAGGUGUUGGUCUGGCUGCUGCAGUGCUGUCUUUCUGGCUAAAUAUUUAUUACAUCGUCAUCAUUGCCUGGGCCAUAUACUAUUUGUGGUCCUCCUUUACUACCGAGUUGCCAUGGCAAUCAUGUGGAAAUCCUUGGAACACAGAGCGAUGUUACACCAACUACAGCAUCCUGAACGCUGCCAACCUCACCAGUGCUGUUCAGGAAUUCUGGGAGCGUAACAUGCACCAGUUAACAGACGGUCUGGAGAAGCCUGGGGAGAUCAGAGCGCCUCUCGCCAUCACGCUGGCCAUCGCCUGGGUCCUAGUCUAUUUCUGCAUCUGGAAAGGUGUCGCCUGGACUGGGAAGGUGGUGUACUUCUCAGCGACGUACCCCUACUUUAUGCUCUUCAUCCUCUUCUGCCGCGGCAUCACUCUGCCUGGAGCUAUCGAUGGAAUCCUGUUCUAUAUCACGCCCAACUUCGAGAAGCUCAAGGAAUCAGAGGUGUGGUUGGAUGCUGCCACUCAGAUCUUCUUCUCCUAUGGGCUGGGGCUAGGAUCACUGAUUGCUCUGGGAAGCUACAACCCAUUCAAUAAUAAUGUUUACAGAGAUUCUGUCAUUGUGUGCUGCAUCAACUCGUUCACCAGCAUGUUCGCUGGCUUAGUCAUCUUCUCCAUUGUGGGCUUCAUGGCCAACGUGACUAAGAGGCCUAUAAUAGAAGUAGCAGCCUCAGGUCCUGGCUUGGCGUUCUUGGCCUACCCCGAGGCAGUAACCCAGCUGCCGAUCUCUCCUCUCUGGGCGAUCCUCUUCUUCUCCAUGUUGCUGAUGCUUGGAAUCGACAGUCAGUUCUGUACGGUGGAGGGCUUCAUCACUGCGUUGGUGGAUGAGUUCCCCAGUGCUCUGAGAGGAAGAAGAGAACUCUUCAUCGCUGCCGUCUGCCUGGUCUCUUAUAUCAUCGGCCUGUCCAACAUCACACAGGGUGGGCUGUAUGUGUUCAAACUGUUUGACUACUAUUCAGCCAGCGGAAUGUGCCUGCUCUUCCUGGUCUUCUUCGAGUGCGUCUCCAUAUCCUGGUUCUACGGUGCCGAUAAGUUCCUUGCCAACAUUGAGGAGAUGAUUGGUCACAAGCCCUGCCUGUGGUGGAAGCUCUGUUGGGUCGUGUUCACUCCUCUUAUUGUGGCUGGAGUGUUCCUGUUCAGUGCUGUCCAGAUGGUUCCUCUCACCAUGAACAACUACGUGUUCCCGGCCUGGGGACAGGGAGUAGGCUGGUGCAUGGCGUUGUCCUCCAUGCUCCUGAUACCUGGCUACAUGAUCUAUAUGUUCCUCAACCUCAAGGGGGAUUACAAAGAGCGUCUGCGGAUAAUGAUCCAGCCCCCGAUGAUGGUGAAAGGAGAACGCCAGGAGAACGGCCCUGAGCAGACUGCAGCGGAAGCAGAGAACCUGGCCACUGAAGAGGCUUACAUCUAAACCUUGUUACAUCCUAAACCCUCGAGGCAAACUCUCUGCAGAAAACAACGUAAUCAAGGUGAAACGCAACCAAGGGAUUCGUCUCAAAUGGCACACAAUUACCUAUGUAGUUACACUACUUUUGACCAGGGCCAAUAUAGAUAAGUGUUUCAUAUAGGUACUAGUCCUUCUGGGCCCUGGUCAAAUGGUACCCUAUUCCCUAUGGGCCCUGGUCAAAUGGUACCCUAUUCCCUCUGGGCCCUGGUCAAAUGGUACCCUAUUCCCUAUGGGCCCUGGUCAAAUGGUACCCUAGUCCCUCUGGGCCCUGGUCAAAUGGUACCCUAUUCCCUCUGGGCCCUGGUCAAAUGGUACCCUAUUCCCUCUGGGCCCUGGUCAAAUGGAACCCUAUUCCCUCUGGGUCCUGGUCAAAUGGUACCCUAGUCUCUCUGGGCCCUGGUCAAAUAGUACCCUAUUCCCUCUGGGCCCUGGUCAAAUGGUACCCUAGUCCCUCUGGGCCCUGGUCAAAUGGUACCCUAUUGCCUCUGGGCCCUGGUCAAAUGGUACCCUAGUCCCUCUGGGCCCUGGUCAAAUGGUACCCUAUUCCCUCUGGGCCCUGGUCAAAUGGUACCCUAUUCCCUCUGGGCCCUGGUCAAAUGGUACCCUAUUCCCUCUGGGCCCUGGUCAAAUGGAACCCUAUUCCCUCUGGGCCCUGGUCAAAUGGUACCCUAGUCCCUCUGGGCCCUGGUCAAAUGGUACCCUAGUCCCUCUGGGCCCUGGUCAAAUGGUACCCUAUUCCCUCUGGGCCCUGGUCAAAUGGUACCCUAUUCCCUCUGGGCCCUGGUCAAAUGGUACCCUAGUCCCUCUGGGCCCUGGUCAAAUGGUACCCUAGUCCCUCUGGGCCCUGGUCAAAUGGAACCCUAGUCCCUAUGGGCCCUGGUCAAAUGGCACUACAUAGGGAAAAGUGUUCUAUUUGAGAUGCAAAAACAAAAAAGACUUCGAUGUCUGAUAUCUAAUCACCUACCUCCAGGGGAAACACGUGACCAACCUGAUUACUAUUUUGUUUUCUUUUUUCUUUUCUUUUUUUAAAAUUUAUUUUCUUUUUGUUGGUUUGUAAAAAAAAAAAGGAGUAAAACAGAAAGAAGAAAGGUAAAGUAGAUUAACUAGCCAGAUCAGAAUGAAGAAAGGCUAUGUUACAGGACAUGCAUGAUGUUAUUGUCAACGGUUCUAUUUCAUAUGCAAAACAUUUUAGUCUUUUCUGAAAUUAUUACCUAGAAAAUUACUGUAAUUUGAAUUAUAAUUUAAAUUUUGGAGGCCCAAUAUGAUUCAACACUACUGUGCUAAUUUAAGAUAUUUACUUAAAUUAAUCUAUUAAAAAUACAAGUAUUGUAAAAAGGUGAUAUAUAGAUUAUAAUUCAUAUGUGUUUGUAUUUUAAAAGAAAUAUAGAAAAAGGAAUGGAAUGUGUUACAGAAAGUAGUGAAAUGAAUGCAAGAUGAAAGAUGCAUAGUGGAAUUGAAUAUUGACCGAUUAUAAGCAAUGACCAUUACGGAAAAGUGCAACCUGAAAGGCCAAAUCUACAUAUCUAUGUAUAUAAUAUUAUCACUGUUUUCCAAGAUCCGGCCAUUUUUACCCCUUACUUAUUUUCCCGGAGCAACCAUUUGAAAAGCACAAAGGCCAGUGUGGAUCUCAAAGCUUCCCAUUCGGUAUGACUAUUACAAAAUGCAGAUUAACAUUAUCGUACCAGAGACUGUUACAAUUGUAUCUUUGUUUUCUAAAGAACAAUAACUUUUUUUUUCUUCUUUUUUUUAAAGAAUCAUUUUGUAGGAUGUGUUCUAUGUAAAGAGUGAGAUGGACCAAAAUCAUACACAUGUCUAUAAAAAAACAAACACGAUUACCAACCUAUUGACAUGAGACAUAUCCCUCCCAUCCCGUCAAUCCAGAUAACACAGUACUAUUAGCAUUAUUAUCACAGAAGUAGCAUUUGAGCAGUGACUGCAUGACAAUUCCUUCUAACAAUCCAGAGAUACUGUUUAACUUCCAACUUGUUUCCCACAUUAGUCCAGACCUCAGGAACAGUCGUGAAAAGUGACCAAAAUAUCUGAUGAAACUACUGAGAUGAUAGCCAGUCGUCUGUUGUUAGUCAAUCAUUCUAGUCCUAGUCUGACUGUGCAGGUUUCCUAUGAAGCGUUAUAGAUGGACCACAACCUACCCUGGUCCGAAAACACAGGCCAAUAUUACUACUGAAAUUAUACUUUUCUUUUUCUUUUUUUGAAAAAGGAAACAUUAAUUAUCAAGUUGUUUUUCAAUAAAUAAACAUAUAUAGUAUCAAUCAAAAAUUUGCACACAUCUACUCAUUCAAAGGUUUUCUUUAUUUUUUACAUUGUAUAAUAAUAGUGAAGACAUCAAAACUAUGAAGUAACACAUAUGGAAUCAUGUAGUAACCAAACUGAGAUGAUUUGGGAGGAGUUUGACCACGGAGUGAAGGAAAAGAAGCCAACAAGUGCUCAGCAUAUGUGGGAACUUCAAGAAGGUUGGAAAAUCAUUCCAGGUGAAAUUGGUUGAGAGAAUGCCAAGGCGAAGGGUGACUGCUUAUAUAUUUGUUUAACACUUUUUUGGUUACUUUUUUUGGUUACUACAUGAUUCCAUAUGUGUUAUUUCAUAGUGUUGAUGUCUUCACUUUUAUUCUACAAUGUAGAAAAUAGUCAAAUAAAGAAAAAACCCUGAAAUGAGUAGAUUUGUCCAAACUGUUGAUUAGUACUGUAUAUAUACAUAUACAUAUACAGUGGGGCAAAUGCAAAUAAUUAGUUAAAAUUCAUUCAAUGUGAUUUUCUGGAUUUUUGUUUUAGAUUCCGUCUCUCACAAUUGUAGUGUACCUAUGAUAAAAAAAAUUACAGACCUCUACGUGCUUUGUAAGUAGAAAAACCUGCAAAAUCGGCAGUGUAUCAAAUACUUGUUCUCCCCACUGUGUAGACCGAUUAGUACUGUAUAUAUACAUAUACAUAUAUAGACCGAUUAUAUAGUAAUCCAAACAAAUUAUCAAAGUUGUAUUUCUAUAAAUAUUAAACUAAUUUGUUUCCAUGGCAGCGACAAAUGACAAGGAUCUGGUUUAAAUGAGUCAUUUUAGUCUCUGCAAAGAAUAUAAAACUAAAAUGUGCAAUGAAUUAAGGUUCCCAUUAAUUUUGUAUAAAGUUACUGCAGUUUUCUGUCUUAAAUGAUGUUGUAAAACUCUACUGUGUUAUACAUGUAACUGUGAAUGUCCAGAUGAGUUUUUUUUGUCUAAAUGUUGAAAAAAAUCUGCUAUUAUUUGCUGUUUUCUGCAAUAAUAGGAUUAUUUCAGAAACUAAAGCACAUAUAUCUUAUAUUAUAUAUAUCUUUCUGAAAUGUAAAAAAAAAUAAUAGAUGGCAAUAACAAUAAUAGUAGAAUAAUUAAAUCAUAGAUACACUUGUCUAGUCAAAGAAUCUUGUUUUGUAUAUUUCUACCAGUCUCAUGGGCCUAAUGUAAAAUAUUCUAUGUACAAUAUAUAAUACAUGUCGUUAGAUGGUGUUAUAUGAAAAAGCAUGAUUGCCAUAUAUGUUAUCUGCAGAAGUAAAUAAAGAACUAUAGAUUAUAA